CUAAACACCAAAUAAAUCUAUCCAUGUAGCAAAACAUCACCACGUCUUCCCUCCUUCCUCCCCGAUCUCCUCCUCAUCUCUCACUCUCUUCCGGUCAAUCCAUGGAGCCCAACCCCCCAUCCCAAACCCUUGAAAAUCUAACUCAUAUCCAAUUCUAACUAAAAGCUCUUAAUCUAAGCCCGUCCCAAAUAGGCCCGGAUCAGGUUUCUAAGUUCGGGUAAUUUUUUUUUUUUUUUUGCAAAUCUUCAACCCGGCGGCGUCAAAUCAAAGCAACUUCGGCCUAGGAUUUGGUUAAGUAAUUUAGGCCGCCUAGCUUUUUAUCUUUCUGACUGCUUAGAAGUUAACAGUAUACAUAGAACCAUUCCUUCAUUUUAGAGCGUCAGGCCUAAUUCAGCUGCUUCGAGAACUAUCCUCGGAAGGAGUUUCGACUUUCCUUCUAAGAAUCUGCGAUCAUCGGACAUUACUCGAUCCGAUCCGAUCGCCGUCUCCGAUCUCCAUUAGCGUCAAGAAUUCGAUCGGAGCCUCUAUUCCGCCAUCGAUUCAUUCCAUAAACUCUAAAUCUGAUCGCUACUUAUGGCAUCAAAGCGUAUCUUGAAGGAACUCAAGGAUUUGCAGAAGGACCCUCCUACCUCAUGCAGUGCAGGUCCUGUAGGUGAAGAUAUGUUUCACUGGCAAGCAACAAUCAUGGGACCCUCUGAUAGUCCAUAUGCUGGAGGCGUGUUUUUAGUUUCGAUACAUUUUCCUCCAGAUUAUCCCUUUAAGCCCCCAAAGGUCGCUUUUAAGACAAAAGUCUUCCAUCCAAACAUCAAUAGUAAUGGGAGCAUCUGCCUGGAUAUCCUUAAAGAGCAAUGGAGCCCCGCCCUGACCAUCUCCAAGGUCUUGCUUUCUAUCUGCUCUUUACUGACAGACCCAAAUCCAGAUGACCCUCUUGUACCAGAGAUUGCUCAAAUGUACAGGACUGACAGGGCAAAGUAUGAGACCACCGCCCGCAACUGGACACAGAAAUAUGCUAUGGGAUGAGUUUAAAUUUGCUGAUAUUGCUGUAAGAAUGCUUUCAUUUCCUAGAUGCAAAACAAUUAUGUAGUUAAAAAGUCCCUAUUCCGUUGCUAUUGAAGUUCUUUUUGUCUAUGAGACAGUGUUAUGUAUUUUUUUUCCAUUUGCUUUCUCAAUCUUUGUAAGGUGGAAUACAAACCGUAAGUGCGAGUUUGGCACUUUGGAUUGGGGACUCAUUAAGCUAAAUGGAUAAACAACCCAACAAAGGACAAUCAUCUAGACUUUGUUGAAUUGAUUUGA